GCUUCGCGAGGAAGUGGCCCAACUGCAGGAAGAGGUGCACCUGCUGCGCCAGAUGAAGGACAUGUUGAGUAAGGACCUGGAGGAGAGCCAAGGAGGAUGUUCGGCCGACGUGCUUUCUGCCACCGAGCUCCGCGUGCAGGUGGCCCAAAAGGAGCAGGAGCUGGACCGAGCCAAGGAGGCUUUGCAAGCCAUGAAGUCAGACCGUAAGCGUCUUAAGGCGGAAAAGGCAGACCUGGUGAAUCAGAUGCAGCAACUUUAUUCCACACUGGAGAGUCGAGAGGAGCAGCUCCGUGAUUUUAUUCGCAACUACGACCAGCACAGAAAAGAGAGCGAGGAUGCGGUGAAAGCUCUCGCCAAAGAGAAAGACAUGCUGGAGAGAGAGAAGUGGGACCUGCGGCGGCAGACCAAGGAAGCCACCGAGCACACGGGAAUGCUGCGCACACAGUUGGACCUCAAGGAAAACCGCAUCAAGGAGCUGGAGGCUGAACUGGCCAUGAUCAGUAACUGUGUCAAUCAAAGAAUGGAGUUCCGGGUGUUUGAGCGGCUCGGGGACAGGGACUUCUCCCCGAGGGUUAUGGCGGUAAGAUGGACCCCCCCGCCCUGUUCGGCUUUGACUUGCCGGAGUCAGCAGACCCUCUACGUGCACACGGACCAUCCCACCGACAGACAAGUGGCCGCUGUGCGGGUGAGCCCCUGCCACUCGCGUCAGCCCUCCUUCAUCUCCGAUGCCUCGGCCGUGGAGGGAGACAGGUCGUCCACACCUAGUGACAUCAACUCUCCACGUCAUCGGACUCACUCGCUUUGUAAUUCUCUAGAAGAUCUGGAGGUGGCCAAAUGUAAGAAGAAGAAGGAGAAGAUGGGCCUGGGCUCUUUGUCGCGAGUGUUCGCCCGAGGAAAGCAGCGCAAGUCCCUGGACCCGGGUCUGUUUGAUGACUUGGACAGCGUCGCCAGUGCCACCCGCCUCAGCCUCAGCUUGCCGGACGGCCCAGAGGAGCAGCUGGACCGCCUGCAGCAGGUGGAGCUGGCCAGGAGCACGCCCAUGUCCCAGUGGAGGGCGGGCACUGUGCAGGCCUGGCUGGAGGUCGUCAUGGCGAUGCCCAUGUACAUACGCACCUGCUCGGAGAAUGUCAAGAGUGGCAAGGUGUUAUUGGGACUAACCGAUGAAGACCUGGAGCUUGGUUUGGGCGUAACCAGUUUGAUGCAUCGUCGUAAACUGCGUCUGGCCAUUGAAGACUACAGAGAGGCUGAGGAUGGAAGGGGGUUGUCCAAGGCUGCAGACAUGGACCACCACUGGGUGGCCAAAGCCUGGCUCAGCGACGUGGGCUUGCCGCAGUACUCGCAGGCAUUUCACACCCACUUGGUGGACGGACGCAUGCUCCACUCCCUGACCCUCCGUGACCUCGAACGCCAUCUCAACAUCUCCAAAAACCUCCACCAGGUCAGCUUGCUGCUGGGCAUCGAGCUUCUGCACUUACUCAAUUUUGACAAGGACGCACUGCAGGCCCGCCGGGUACAGUGUGAGCACCAGAACACGGACCCUUUGGUUUGGACCUCUCAUCGUGUCAUUAAAUGGCUUAAAGACAUCGACCUCAAGGAGUUUGCAGAUGGUGUCGUGAGUAGCGGCAUCCACGGCGCUGUCAUGGUGCUGGAUCCCAAUUUUUCCAGCGACGCUUUGGCCACAGCGAUGGGAAUUCCCAGCGGCAAGCACAUUGUUCGCAGACACCUUGAAGAAGAGCUUACAAAUCUGAUAUGCCUAGCCAGGGCGGAUGCCAAGCAAGAUUUUGAGCGCUCAGUUUUGGGAACACCGCCCACUCCCCUUCGACAAAACUCCCCCAGCAGGUCGCCCGGCUCUGCCGGACGACACACCGAUGAUGAGGGUUCACUGAGGAGGAGGGCUGUCAAGCCGCCAACAGGAUUCAGCCCAAAGAUGCGCAAUGGACGGGACUUGAGCUACCACAGCAGCUACGGGUCACUACCUCGUGAAGUCAGAGAGCAAACACCUCCGAGGACACAAGGAAGCCCCGUCCGGGCUUAUGCCAACAUCGGGGUGACCAAUGUGUGAGGUUAUGUGAGUGCGACAAAGCCGCGGGGGUAUCAAGAGAAACCUUUUGAUCACAGACUGCACUUACUGUUCUAUCUUUGUUCAAGUGUCAAUUUCAAGGAAAACUGCAUCACCGAGAAAAUGUGACUUUUCUAACAGAAUCAAAAGGUGCAGAAUUGAAGAUAUAUGGAUUAUUUUUAUAUUUGUCGUUUGUCUGGACUCAUGGGAUUUGUAUGAUGGAUUUCUAUUCAGCACGGAUGAUUUGAUGAGAAAAAAAAUGGUCUUAUCGAUGUAAAAUAAUUAUUAUUCAGACGUCUUCGAGGAUCAGAUGUGUGAUGCCUCGUCAAUGUAGCAAAUCUCAAUGGACAAAAGAUGUUGAGUACAAUGUAUGUUUGUCAUUUUUGUCUUGAGCGCACACACACACACACACACACACACACACACACA